GACAAAUAGAGAGAAAGACAUAGAAAGAAAAAGACAUGAAGAGGGAGGAGAUGAAGUCUUAUUGUUCUUGAGCAGCGUGCACUGGAGGUGUGGCAUCUUCCGGGCGUUGUCGUGGAGACAGAAGACUGGCCAAGCACUGUUUUCUCUCUUCCUCUGGGCUCAUCAGCGAGACGCCGAUCACGCGCAGGCUGAUCCUUAUGGCAAGAGCCACAGCCACAGGUGGUCAUGCUGCUCUCUUUGUUCUCCUGUGCUGUGGGCUUUUCUCUCCUACCACUCCUACUGUUUCCAUACCCUGUCUGGACCUGCCCUGCCCGCUGUGAGUGCUCUGUGCCCACACGUUCCGUCUUGUGCCACCGCAAGCGGCUGGCACAGGUUCCCGAGGGCAUUCCUAUCGAGACCCGUGCGCUGGACCUCAGCAAAAACCGCCUGCGCAUCAUUACACCACAGAACUUCUCUGGCUUGCUUUUGCUGGAGGAGCUGGACUUAAGCAACAACCUGCUUUCAUCUGUGGAGACAGGAAGCUUCCGUGCCCAGCCACGCUUACGCACUUUGCGCCUGCGCAGUAACCAGUUGACGCUCCUGCCACGUGGCGCACUGGCAGGCUUGAGUGAACUAACUCUACUUGACGUAAGCCAGAACCGACUGGUCAUCUUACUGGACUAUGGCUUUGAAGAACAGCGGCGACUGCGUGUGCUUGAGCUUGCCGAUAAUGAACUGGUGUUUGUGGCACCACGAGCCUUUAGCGGCCUGCCAGCGCUACGCUCACUUACACUGCAACGCUGUAACCUGAGCUCUGUGCCUAGUCAUGCUCUGGCUCACCUACAUGGUCUGAGCAGUUUGCGCCUUAGACAGCUGGACAUUGCCGAACUGCUGCCACACAGCUUCAAAGGCCUGGGCCGCCUGCGCCACCUAGAGUUGGAUCACUGGCCAGCACUCGAAACUAUGCCCUCUCUUGCCCUGCAUGGUCUAAAUCUCAGCACUCUGUUUAUCACUCACACCAACUUGACAGUGGUGCCAGUCUUGAGCCAUCUGUCCUUCCUGACCCAUGUAAACCUGUCACACAGCAGUUUGAGGGUGCUGCCAGCUGGCUGGUUGCGUGGCCUAGAUCGUCUGGAGGUUCUGCAAAUACGCAAAGCUCAGCUGACCCGCGUGGAGCCCCAGGCCUUUCAGGGGCCACUGUCAUUGCGUCUCCUGGACCUUUCUUUCAAUCAGUUAACUACAUUGGAAAGAGCCGUGCUGCCAGCCUCGGUGGCCCUGCAGAGCCUGCUGAUCAGCCAGAACCCACUGGUGUGUGACUGUCGUCUGCGCUGGCUGUUGCAGAGGACACUGCCCAUAGGGUUUGGGGAGGUUCAGCCUCAAUGCACUGCCCCAGGUGCUCUGGCUGGGAAACUCUUUAAUGAAGUGGUUGAGCCGCUGCUCUCAAGAUAUGUUGUGUGCACCAAACCCAGAGUCAUUGCCAUGUCAACACAACCUGCACAAGCAGAAGAAGGUCAGAGGGCAUGGCUAUACUGCACAGCAGAUGGAGCACCACCCCCUUCAGUGUCCUGGCUGACACCUCAUAGGCGCCACAUCACCACCAAGAGCACCGGACGUAUGGUCGUUUACAGCAAUGGCUCGCUAGAGUUCCGGGUGGUGGAACCUCAGGACAGUGGCAUUUAUGUGUGUGUGGCAUCAAACCCUGCAGGAAAUGCCACUCUAACAAUAACCCUGUCUGUAAAAAGCCUGGGCCUUAGAGAUGUGGCUCUCUAUGCCAACCACAGCUACAUCUUCGACCCUGACUACAACAGCUCUUUGAUCAACGGCACAGAGCAUUACACCAUCAGGAUGGUUCUGGACUUUACUACUAUCCUUGUGUCCACAGCGAUGGGCUGCCUCAGCUUCUUGGGUGUGGUUCUAUUCUGUUUCCUAUUGCUGUUCGCAUGGAGCAGAGGCAAAGGCAAGCACAGAGGAAGCGUAGACAUACAGUAUGUCCCCCGAAAGAGAAAAGGAGCCAGCAGUGAUCUUACAGAGACCAGCGGCCCCAGACGAGUCAACAUGAAGAUGAUCUGAGACAAGAGUUGUUUGUAAAGGCAGGAAAGUUUAACAUGAUAGUUUAACAGAUCAGCUGAUACGCAGCUGCAAGAGAUUAAAAAGAAAAAACAAAAAGAGUCCAGGACCAGUGAUAUGUUGGCUAGUAGAAUAUGAAAAAUGAGCAGCACACCGUUUUUCGUUGGACUAGUGUGCUUUAGUGUGGAUGUGUGUAUGAACGUGUAUAGAAAUAUGCCAUACAUGUUUACUGGCAUGUGUCUGUGCCUAUAUUAUAUGGAUGUAUUCUAUCGUAAGAGUUUACACAUGCUAUCCAACAGAAUUAAGUAUCCCAGUAGAGUAUUCAUGCAUCUUCUACGAUGCAUUGUCUGUGGACAGCAUGAUUUGAAAAGCUCAGGCAUGUGAAGAGGUGAAGUUGUUGCAUAAAUAACAUAAUUGUGAAACAGGGAAUGUCUAUUUAUAAACAUGUUUUAGGUUCCAGUAUUAUAAACCUUCAAAUUGCUGCAAAUACUCAAAAACUGUCUUCCCCAACAAACGACGUAUCUACAGGACAAGAGGCUCAGCAUUGAUGUGGUGUAAAGUGUUUGGUUUUGCUCAGAAUCACUGUUUUCUUCUGGGAGGAUAUUUAGUUAGCAGAUCCUCUGGGGAAGAGGAAGAAUCAUCUGCCAUUUUGUUGUAAAGAUACAAUGUGUUGCGAUGUGAGUACCUAUUCUGACGGUGGGUACUGGGGGCUGUGUUUGUGACUCAGUAGAAAUUUGUGAAACUGUUUUUUGAUGUUCUGUCAAAUGCUGCUCAAAUGUUUUUACAUUAUAAAUAUAUUGGUAUAUUUUCCAAAAAAAAUAAAAUAAACAUGAAUUAUA